UGCAGCAGUGACAGUAUGUGUUCACUAUGAGAUAACGAGACUUACUGCACACGGAGAAGAGUCGAUGUGGAACAGGGCUGGAUUUGAGAUCGCUGCUCAUGUUGAGACAGUAUGAGUGAAAGAGUGUUUGUGCGUUUCAAACAUACCUGUUCGGAUCAGAGCAACUGUGUGGGAUUUCCAGGAAUCGGUUGAUCAGAGUGCUUAAUUACUUUGCAUUUGUUGACCUGUCCACACUGCUAUGAGGAGCCUUUGAUCAACCACAUGAUGGAUCUAUCGGUCAAUAUCUCCAUCAGCAGGGAUGGAUCUGACCCCCCCUCUGUCCUGCCAUCCAGCAUGUCCAUUGAUAAACUCUUCCCUGCUCUGCUUGAAUGUUUUGGGAUCAUUCUUUGUGGAUAUGUUGCCGGCCGUGCAAACAUCAUCCCGGCUACACAAGCCAAAGGACUGGGCAACUUUGUGUCUAAAUUUGCGCUGCCUGCUCUGCUGUUUAAAAAAAUGGUACUGCUAGACUUUGGAAAUGUAAUCUGGCCAUUUUUCUUCAGUAUUUUGGUGGCUAAAGUGACUGUGUUCUUUUUUGUGUGUGUACUCACACUUCUGGUGGCAAACAGAGAGAGCCGUUUCUCCAAAGCCGGACUGUUUUCUAUAUUUGCCACACAGAGUAAUGACUUUGCUCUGGGGUUCCCUAUAGUUGAAGCUUUGUACCGAAACACCCAUCCUGAGUACCUGCAAUACAUCUACCUUGUGGCCCCCAUCUCCCUCAUGGUCCUAAACCCGCUGGGCUUUGCCUUCUGUGAGGUACAGAGAUGGAGGACUGGUGAACCUCACCAGCACAGCAAGCUGCAUGUGCUGGGUUUGGUGGUCCUUCAAGUUUUCAAGAACCCCAUUGUGUUUAUGGUGGUGAUCGGAGUCAUUUCCCACUUCCUGCUGGGCCAGAAGAUCCCUCCCUUCAUGGAGGAGUUUAUAGAUGGUUUGGCUAACUCAUUUGGAGGAGUGGCGCUGUUUUAUCUGGGUCUGUCCAUGGUGGGCCAGCUGAAGAAGCUCACUCGCUCAACUGUGGUGUCACUUAUUCUGCUCAUCACGGCAAAACUGCUGAUGAUGCCUCUGAUCUGUCGAGGGAUGGUUGAGUUGUUGGACUGUGGAAACACAAGCUCACUGAACCACACCAGUCUUUCAAACUACGCCUUCCUGUAUGGAGUUUUCCCUACUGCUCCAAGUGUGGCCAUAUAUGCGUCCCAUUACAAUAUGGAGCUGGAAGUGGUGACAUCAGGGAUGGUGAUCAGCACAUUUCUCUCCGCUCCCAUCAUGUAUGUUUCUGCCUGGCUGUUGACGAUCCCAUGGAUGGACCCAAUGCAGCUAGCGUCUGCUCUACAGAACGUGAGCUUCAGCAUCAGCAUUAUCAGCCUCUUUGCACUGGUGUGGAGUGUUGCAGUCAUGCUACUGAGCAGGAAGUUUCGCAGAAUUCCACAUAUUUUCACUAUAAACUUGUUUGUGGCACAGUUAUUGGCCUGUGUGGGAAUGAUAGUGUGGAACUUUGUGGCAGAGCAGGAGAAUGUCUUGGGUCAGGUGUUGACCUUUAUCCUACUGUACGGCUCCCUCUACAGCACAUAUAUUUGGCCUGGUCUGAUCGCUCUUUCUCUACUCCUGCUGAGGAGGAAUGAGGAGGUGCAGGUCAGGUCAGGGCUCGUUCUGAUCACUGGCUGGGGUAUUCCUGUGCUGGCUUUGAGUGUCACUCUCCUAGCAGGGGAAAGAAUGCCAAACACUAUUGACUCUGCAUUCUUUUAUGGAAGGACACAGGUGAUGUGCACAUGUGUGGUGUUGUUUGUGAGUAUCGUGGUGUGCGGGGUCUCUCUCAGUUUACUCAGCAGAGGCACACAGGACUAUCACACACUUGAACACAGAUCAUUAUCUGGCAGUGAGGAGGAUCUGAGACCAUCCUAUGACACAAACACACAGCCCACCACGGCAGGCAGCAUCAAUGCAGAGUGUCAGAUGUGUGAGUGUAAGUGUGCUUGUCUGCAGCCCAUGCCUGACAUGAUCACCAACCCCAGAGAGGAAACAUCCAUACAAGCAGGUCAGUGUAGUCAACGAUGUGCGUCCACACACUGUUUGCUGGUUGAAGAGAAGCAGAAGCCGUCAGACAGACAGAACACAGACAUACAUUCAACCAGACAUGUGCUUGUGUGUCUGUUACUCAGCGUCAGUCUGCUCGCUAAUUUCUCCAGCUGUCUCUGGUGGCUCUUUAAUGAAGUCCCUGGCCAGUUGUACCUGGAGCUGCAGUUCUUUUGUGUUGUGGCAAAUUACGGGCAGGGUUUCAUUUCAUUUGGCUUUUUUGGCCUUGACAAGCAUUUGAUUAUCUCUCCAUUCAAAAAGAGGUUAAUGAGCCUGUGGCAGGGCUGGGGUCAGGAGGUCACGGGCUCUGCUGGGUCAGAGGAGAUCAGAAUGACCUGCAGUCAAUUCCUCACGUAUCAUAAGGAGCAGUGCGUCCGAUAUAUUGUUCACAAGAAGAGGUGUGGAGAGUGCAGUACCACACAGGCGUUUCUGGGCAGCGACAUGGUUCACUGGCUGCAGAGCGUAGGAUUGGCUAGUGACCAGGGGGAGGCGCUAACGUACUGCUCACGUCUGCUCAAGGGCAGAGUCAUUCUGCAUAUCACCCAUGAGCACGGCUUCCAGGAUGAAGCCUUGCACUACUGCUUCACAUAGAUGAGACAGUGUUUUGGCCAAUGAGCACAAUGCAUCUGAAUUAUUUAUCCUCUGAUAAUAAAUCAAUAACCAGAUGUAAAAUGAGUUGGUUAAAAUUAUGUGCUUGAAGCACAUGGCCUUCACCUACCUCACAUACUGGAUGGCAAUAACAUUUCAUAACUUUCUGCUGUGUUGAAUUGGCCCCGAGAUAUUCCUGAAUCUGUCUUUAUUUGCCCUAAACAUUCAAACGCUUGUAAAUUUAACUACCAGAAUGGACUGCCUAAUGAACUGAUUUCAGAAAUUAAUAAUGUACGAUUAAAACAUUUGCCAUGGUACUGCCAAUAUCAACAUUGCAGCCUUUUCUUUCUAAACAAGUUCAAGUCAGAUGUUUACAUACACCUUAGCCAAAUACAUUUAAACUCAGUUUUUCACAAUCCUUGACAUUUAAUCGUAGAAAACAUUCCCUCACUUAGGUCAGUAAUGAUCAUUGGAAAUUCCCAAGGAUGAACCAGACAUGUGGAGGUCAACAAUUUGUUUUCUGAGGUCUCGGCUGAUUUCUUUUGAUUUUCCCAUGAUGUCAAGCAAAGAUGCACCGAGUUUAAAGGUAGGCCUUAAAAUACAUCCACAGAUACGCCUCCAAUUCAGAACACUUCCUAUCAGAAGCUAAUUGGCUAAUUGUCUAAAGGCUUGACAUAAUUUUCCAAGCUGCUUAAAGGCACAGUUAACUUACAGUAAACUUCUGACCCACUGGAAUUGUGAUAUAGUCAUUUAAAAGUGAAAUAAUCUGUCUGUUAACAAUUGUUGGAAAUAUUAGUCAUGUCUUGCACAAAGUAGAUGUCCUAAACGACUUGCCUAAACUAUAGUUGCUAAUAUAAAAUCUGUUGAGUGGUUAAAAAAUUAGUUUUAAUGAAUUCAACCCAAGUGUAUGUAAACUUCUGACUUCAUCUGUAAAUGUUGUUAUAAAUUGUCAUAAUGAUGAUUAAAGCAUCAAACAUUAAAGUUAAAAAUCUUUGCCUUGUUCGAAUCAGGUUUAAUAACAAUGUUUUAAAACUACUCAUCCUUUCAGUAAGGACAUGUGUAAUGGAGGACAUUGUUUUUCUCUCUUUUUUUCCUUUCUUUUUUUGUUGUUGUUUGGUUUUUGCACAUUUGAUUAUUUCAAUAGAGUGGACAUUUAGUAAGUUAUUGUCAUGUAUUCAGUCCUGUCAACUUCCAGUUCAUACAAUAAAACUUUUCUCA